GCUAGAGACUCACACCUGGUAGAGGCUUUGCUUCCCAGGCCUGCAGUUGUUUGUUAGAAAGAGGGAUAGGGAAGCGCUAGGCAGGAGCUGAAAACACCAUGGCACCAAGAGGAGAGUCUGUCCUUGAAUAUGCAGAACGAGAGAGGAAAGUUAAAAACAAAGUCACUCACCCCACCAUGGCGUUCUCCACCGGUGGGAGCUGCCUCUGUGAGGCAGGCAGGAUGGGGGCAUUGCUCCCACUUUACAGAUGAGGAAAACUGAGAUUCAGAGGAACAGCCAGCAGAGCUACGUUUCUCGGGGGUCUCCUCCUUCCCCACCUCCUGGGAGCAGGCAAGAGGCCACCUCAGUCCUCCACAGACCGGAUCCCAAAGCCCACCACAGCACUGGCGCUACGGUGGGACCCCCUUCCCUAAACAGGUUGAGAUGUAGCUGUGUGCCCAAGGCGCAGGCCCCUGAGGGCCUCCUGCCUCUGGAAAUAGGCCCCAGGCUGCACGAGGGUGAUAAGCCAGGCUAUUUUCAUUACUUCCUUCCGCCUGCUUCCGCAGCAGCCACCUCAGCUGCAUCCCAUCGAGUUGCCACGCAGGCCUCAGCCAGGACUUUUCAGGCCAGACAGGAGCGCCCACUCAAGGCCUCGCAGCCAGCCUGCCCCAUGCCCGCCUGGGGAGCCCUGUUCCUGCUCUGGGCCACGGCAGAGGCCACCAAAGACUGCCCCAUCCUGUGCUCCUGCCGCGCCCUGGAAACCAUGGGGCUGUGGGUGGACUGCAGGGACCGUGGGCUCACAGCCCUGCCUGCCCUGCCGGCCCACACCCGCCACCUCCUGCUGGCCAACAAUAGCCUUCAGUCUGUGCCCGCGGGAGCCUUCGACCACCUGCCCCAGCUGCAGACCCUCGACGUGACGCAGAACCCGUGGCACUGUGACUGCAGCCUCACCUACCUGCGCCUCUGGCUGGAGGACCGCACACCCGAGGCCCUGCUGCAGGUCCGCUGUGCCAGCCCCAGCUUUGCUGCCCACAGCCCGCUGGGCCGGCUGACAGGCUACCAGCUAGGCAGCUGUGGCUGGCAGCUGCAGGCAUCCUGGGUGCACCUGGGGGUCUUGUGGGACGUGGCGCUGAUUGCUGUGGCUGUGCUGGGCCUGGCUCUCCUGGCUGGCCUGCUGUGUGCCACCACAGAGGCCCUGGACUGAGCCGGGCCCCCAGAGCCCCUGGCCCCAGGCCAGGGGACCAAUCCCUGAGGCAGAUCCCCAGACUCCAACAAACCUGGUCACCCCAAACUGCCAGAAGCCCAAAAUAAACUGGCAGCUCGGCCAUUUUAUAUAAGUUCA